AGUCUGAAGAUUCACGUCUAGUAGUAACGGCAUGUUUUCCAACCUGUACCAAAAAAGAGAUAAAAGGGUACUGACGAGAGCAUCGUCAGGUUGGAUGCAUAACUUAUACAGCUUUCACCGCCUUCCCGUUUAGGCGCGGUUACCCCUCCAUCCCCCAAAUCGCAACUUUCCGCGCUUUCUGCCGCAUCGCGAGGAGCAUUUGCUGUAGGAAAGAUUUGGCUUCAGAACGAGCGACCUAAAUUCCACGAGAAGAGCAAGACUUUACGAGCGAAACGAGUCAAGCUUUGUCACACCAAGCACCGAAACCUGGAAUAUCCUCAAUUGGCACCCUCGACUACGAAAUACGAAGCCACCAAAAAAUGUCCGCCGACACAACAACCCCCAUCGCCACGACGACGAGUGGUGAGAAGCCCGCUCACCUGGAGCCCUCCAAGUUGGGAACGAAAGAGUACUGGGACGCCCUCUACACGCGCGAAAUCUCCAACCACGCCUCCAACCCGUCCGACGAAGGAACCGUCUGGUUCGACGACUCGGACGCCGAGAACAAGAUCGUGCAGUUCCUCGACGAGCAAGAGCACGAGCUCUUUGCCGGCCUCUUUUCCCGAGACGAUGCGGCCAUCAUGGAUCUGGGGUGUGGCAACGGCAGCUUGCUGUUUGCGUUGCAUGACGAUGGUUGGGAGGGAAGGUUGUGCGGUGUGGAUUACUCGGAGCAGAGCGUGGAGUUGGCGAGGAGGGUGUUGAGGACGAGGGUGCUGGGGGAGGAUGUUGUGUCUGAAGAAGUGGAAGAUGAGGAGGCUGAGGCUGAGGAAGAACAAAAACAAAAACAAGAAAAGGAGGAGGAGGAGGAGGAGGAGGAGGAGGAGGAGGAGGAGGAGGACACACAGGAGGAGGAGAACAACGUCGGAGGAAUCGAGUUCAAAGUCUGGGACGUCCUCAAUGGCGACUUUUCCACCGUCCAAGCCCGCCCCCCAUCCCCAUCAUCCUCCUCCUCACAACCCCCAUCAUCAGACCAAAACGCCGGCUGGGACCUAAUCCUAGACAAAGGCACCUUCGACGCCGUCUCGCUCUCGGACUCACGGGACUCCCGGGGGCGUCGGAUCUGCGAGAACUACGGCGCGCGCGUGCUCCAGCUCCUGCGGCCGGGGGGGUUUUUCCUGGUGACCAGCUGCAACUGGACCGAGGAGGAGCUGAAGGGGUGGUUCGAGACGGACUUUGCCGAGGUUUAUGAUGGUACAAAGAAGAAGAAGUUGGGGCUGAGGCAGGUGGGUAGGGUUGAGUACCCGUCUUUCAGCUUUGGGGGUGUCAAGGGGCAGACGAUUAGCACGCUUUGUUUUCAGAAGAGGGAUAUUUAGAGGUUGAGAG